GCAGCUUCCCCCUUUAUCGGUUGAUCAAUGCGGCGGUUGACUUCUGCCUUUCGUUUCCUGGCUCUGAUUAAUAACCUUAACAGUUCCGAUAUUUAUGCGUGAUUGAUUAGCAUCAUGACGGCCAACAGCCGCUGUUCCGCCGCGGAGCCUCCGGGCCUGGAGACCCAGCGGCGGGAGAUCGAGUCUUUGCUGCGGGAAUGUGAGCUCCGUGCCGGGGACAGUUGGUACGUGGUGGAGCAUCGCUGGUUCGAACAGUGGAAGGAGUUUGUGGAGACCGGAGACCAGAACUCGUCAUCCUUCCCCGGUCAGAUCGACAACGUCGAGCUGUUCGAGGAUCUGGACUCAUACCACCUGAAGGAGCGUCUGGUGGAGAAUGAAGACUUCAUUUUGGUGCCGGCUGAGGCCUGGCACAAGCUGCUGGCCUGGUACGGCGUGGUGGACGGUCAGCCGGCGCUAGAACGCAAGGUGGUGGACCUGCCCAGCACUCUGAAGGUGGAGGUAUACCCUGUCGAGAUCUUCCUCUGUCUCCAUAGCAACAUGGAGAACGUCAUCACCGCACAGUUCAGCCGCGCUGACAACAUACAGUCGAUCCAGAGAGUGAUGUGUCAGGCCUUCUCGGCGCCUCCCGGCUCAGAGUGUCGUCUGUGGAUGAAGAGUUCAGACAGCAACUGCGAGCGUCUCAGGAACGUCCAGAUGAGCGUCCUGGACGCCUGUUUGAGCUCAGGGAUGACGGUGAUUAUGGAGACGAGGAAUGCUGACGGCACCUGGCCGAGCUCCAGACCUCAAAUCAUGAGGAACUCUGCGGAGGACCAGGACUCGUACCAAGGACAGCCUGGAGUCUGCGGCCUCACCAACCUGGGCAACACCUGCUUCAUGAACUCUGCUCUGCAGUGUCUGAGUAACACGCCUCCCCUGACGGAGUACUUUCUACAGAGCUCCUACCUGGAGGAGCUGAACUUCACCAACCCUCUGGGAAUGAAGGGAGAGAUCGCCGAGGCCUACGCUGACGUCAUCAAACAGAUGUGGUCGGGGAGGCAUUACUCCGUGGUGCCGCGUGUCUUCAAGACGAAGGUGGGUCACUUUGCGUCUCAGUUUCUCGGUUACCAGCAGCACGACAGUCAGGAGCUGCUGUCCUUCCUGCUGGAUGGACUGCACGAAGACCUGAACCGGGUCAAAAACAAAGAGUACAUCGAACUCCGGGACGCUGAUGGUCGACCCGACCAGGAAGUAGCGGAGGAGGCGUGGCGUAACCACCGGCGGCGGAACGACUCGGUGAUCGUUGACACGUUUCACGGCCUCUUCAAGUCCACGCUCGUCUGUCCCGAGUGCCACAAGGUCUCUGUGACCUUCGACCCCUUCUGCUACCUGAGCGUCCCACUUCCUGUCAGCAAGGAGCGCGUCAUGGAGGUCUUCUUCGUCUCCCUGGACCCCUACGCCAAACCUGUCCAGCAUCGUGUUGUGGUUCCUAAAGCAGGAAAAGUGUCUGACCUCUGCUCUGCUCUGUCAGAGAUGACCAACAUACCUCCUGAGCAGAUGGUGGUAGCUGAUGUUUUCAACCAUCGUUUCUAUAAGAUCUACAACGCUGAUGAAUCUUUGAGCUGCAUACUGGACCGAGACGACAUCUUUGUAUACGAGCUGAGCGUGCCCGAGGAGCAGCAGGAGGACCAGGUGCUGCUGGCUCUCUACCUGAGGGAGCGCUCUCACUACAGAGACUACGGCUCGGGCAGCAGCUCGUACGGCACGGCGCUGUUCGGACACCCGCUGCUGCUCGGCGUGCCGCGCAGCAGCUGUAGCCAGGAGGCGCUCUACAACCUGUUUCUGCAGAGGCUGGCGCGCUACGUGCGACCUCCCGACCCUUCUGAGGAGUUGGAGGAAGAGGAAGAGGAGGAAGAUGAUGACGAAGAGGAGCUGUACAAGACUCAGACCAACGGCAUCAGCGACGAUGAGCAGCAGGAGGACGCGGAGAAAGCCGGACCCUCUCAGACGGAACCCUGCUGCGGCGACGCAUCGGCAAACGGCCGACCAGACGGCACAGCCGCCGCCGAGCCCCUCCCUGAUCUCAACCGCAAGCGGCCCUCGCUGGACCGCGGCGACCCGGAGACCGGUAACGGGGCCCAGAACCAGCCCGAGCCCCCCUGUGGCGCCGACACCAUCACCGCCGACGGCCCGAAUCCCCGCGGGGCCUCGAGCGGGACCACCGACGCCGGCCCAGAACCACCGGCGGAGCGAACGCCGCAGGCCUGCGAGACCCCCGGAGAGGAAAGAGAGGAAGACAAGCAGGAGGAGGCGUGUUCUCCCAGCCCGCCGGCCAAUGAGCAGCAAGCGAAGAGGAGGGCGUGUCGCAAGCGGAGGAAGAGUUUAUUCACCAUCCAGGCCGUCAACUCAAACGGGACGACUGAGAGAGGAAUGGGAGAGGGAGGAAGCGCCGUGUCCUUCAGCUCUCAGCCUUAUGUGGCCAUCGACUGGGACCCAGAAAUGAAGAAGAGAUUCUACAAUGAAAACGAAGCCGAGAAGUACGUCAAACAUGCCAGCAUGGAGGUUCCUCAGCAGCAGAUGACGGUUCAGCUGCAGGAGUGUAUCGAGCUGUUCACCACUGUAGAAACACUGGAGGAGGAGAACCCAUGGUACUGUCCGGUGUGUAAGAAGCACCAGCUGGCCACCAAGAAGCUGGACCUCUGGUCUCUGCCAGAGGUUCUCAUCAUCCACCUCAAGAGGUUCUCCUACACCAAGUUCACCAGAGAGAAACUCGACAGCAUCGUGGACUUUCCCCUCAGAGACCUGGACUUCUCUGGCUGCCUCCUGCGGAAGAAUCCGACCAACGGGGAGCCUCCGAGCCGCUAUGACCUCAUCGCUGUGUCCAAUCACUACGGAGGACUCAGAGACGGACAUUACACCAGCUACGCCAAGAACAAGGAUAAUGGUCAGUGGUAUUACUUUGACGACAGCAAGGUGACCUACGCCAGAGAGGACCAGAUCGUGACCAACGCUGCCUACGUCUUGUUUUACCACCGACAAGACAAGAUCAGGAAACCCACUUUGCCCGCCCCCAACACCAGCCCCGCCAACGACGCCACUUCCUCCAGAGAUGACAACGCAGAGCUGGGCGCCGCCCCCUAUGUCACCAUGGAAACCGACUAAACGAACGCUAAAGAUUUAGUUUCGUUCUACCCGACGGUAAUUUGGUUUUAGCUUCAUCAGAACAGCAGCAGCUUUCCCGCCUUUUUUCUUUUGUAUUUUUUGCAUUUUUCAGCGACUUUCCCCGCAGCUCUUAUUUUCCGUUGCAUUUUAUGUCGGUGUUUUCUGGGCAACGUCUUGCCCGUUGAGUCUUCUCUGCUCGGUAGCUAAUGCGACUCUGUGAUUCUCAGGUAGUCUGAUCCAGAGGGAGGGGAUCGGAUUUAGACUGUUGAUUUGAGCCUAAACUAAGCCUUGAAUAUAGAGAUCCGGUUUGGACUGACCACUGCAGGGAGGAAGAAGAACAGUACUUGAUGUUGAUCCUCUUUAGUCCACGUCAACUAAUGAAUCCGCUCUUUAUUGGUGGAUCAAAACAGAAUCAACUCAGUGAGCGUUUGACUUUUACUCUGUUUAUUUGACCAUUUUCAACAAAGCUAUUAUAAAGAAAAAUCGUUCCUUUUGCUGUCUUUAAAUGAUCAAUUAAUAAUGAUAUUACCAAAUUCAUUUGAAAAGGCUAUGAUACGUCAGCGUCUCUGGCAGUGACACAAAGAUCGGCUCUUAUAGCAUCAUAAAAAAAGCUCUACACGUUCAUCAAGUUGAGCAUUAACCUUCAACAACUGCCACAGACUUUAUUUAUUGAGUGUGUCUAUUGUUUAGGUCAUGAUCUACUUCAGAAAUUGAUCACAAGACAGAGUCUCCACCACCUCCACUAAACCCUUUCCCGGGUAAAACCCUGAAUUUUACUUUGUUGAUGUCUGACGGUUCAGUGCUUUAGCACUUAGAGCUUCCAUGUCAUUAUAUCUUUAAUCCUUUAAGACGUCUUAAGCAGACUGCAUUUGAUUCAUCAUGAAAUGGAAACUGCCAAUCGUUUCGUAAAUGGAACGAGAGUCCGAUUUAAAAGCCUUUUUACAAUUAAUUUGAAAUGUCAUUGACUAGAAUGUUGAUUCCAUUUUAAAUAGAAAAAUGAUUAAUUUAUCUUCUAAAGACAGAAGGAGGAAAUCGAUGAAACAAUUGUCAAGUUAUAGUAGCUUUUUAAAAUGCAUCCGUUUAUUAAUUCUACAUUUUAAACAUGAAACCAAUCCUAUAAUAAUUCAGGCUUCAUCUUUGAUGGGAACUAAUUUUUAUCCUCUCAGCUAAAAGGACUGCAGAUAAAUAACUGGCUAAUUUCUGUUUAUUUCUUUAUUUCCUCCUUUGAAAUUAUUGUGAAAAUACCACAAACAUUCAUGUGGUAACAUUCUCAAAACUUGAAAAACAUUUAGAAAAACACUGUCGUUUUAUGUAGAGGAGGUUACAGUUUGAUUCUGCAAUUAAAAAUCCAGCUUUAGAAACGUGACACCUAGUGUCAGUCAGAGCUAUUAAAAUAAAUUAUAGUUGUUAUGUAGUUUGCGUUCUAAGUUAAAUAAGUAACGGAGGCUCCGUGUUCUCAGUUGAAACAGAUCGGUUGCUGUGAUGGAUUAUUGACAGAACUCAAUGGAAAACCAUCCAAGUGGAGCGGGCGGCGGCGUGAGGGGGUGCUGGGUAAUCAGGAGUGUGUUUAUAACAGGUAAAUAGAUAAUUUAAUAUUGAACAAAGCUGCCGGGGAUGGGAAAAAAAACUUUGUAUAUCGUGACUCUUUUCUUUGGUAUUUAUUUUUUUAACGGACUAAUUUCAGCUGUCACAUGACUAAAGGUUUUGGUUUUUUUUUUCUUUUUGAAUGAUUUUAUUGAUCGACUGGUGCAGGACAUUGAGAUGCUUAUUUUUCGUAUUUAUAGAUAAAAAUUUGUAUUCAGGUAUAAAGUGAUUUGACAGAUCGACAGGGAAGCGGUUCGAGUUUUUUCCAGUCUGUGCGGAGAGACGGACGCAGGCGAAGUUCUCUCUCUGUGGUCAGAGUGAGCUCUUACUGAUUUUUUUAACCGGCUCUGUGUACAGUAUUUUUGUAUUGUAAGAAAUGUAUUAUUAUUAUUAUUAUUAUUGUUAUCAUUCCUGGGUGGAGCAGGAGGGAAGCGUGGGGUGAUUUUUCUUUUGUCUUCCCUGUCAAAUAUCAGAUGAAAAAUAUUUUAUUGUACUUUCAAUUUUUUGAUAUGAAUAAAAAGGAGGAUUAUUAUCACAA